CGUGACUUUAGAGACUCAGAUAUCAGAGCUUUGUCAUAUAAAUACUGAAACUCUACAUCUGAACACCACUUAAAAGCCUACUUUUCGACAGUGUUUCUCAUUUUGAUUCUGAGUGUCGCUGAAAAUCAUGAACUUCCAGAUACUGGUGCUGGCUUUUGCUGUGGUGACUGUCACUAACCUCCAGUGUCAAGCACGACCCCAAGUAGAAAACUCAGACAAAUCUGCAGAGGUCAAAGGCCAUGCCACGCCCAGGAAAUGCAACUGCCGAGGGAGGGGAACGGCUCUGGAUCAGAACUGUGUCUGUGAGAUGCCACCAAAAUCUAGACAAACCCUCAGCCCAGAGCAGAAAAACAUGUGCUUAAAGAAGAGGACUAGGACAUUCAGAAAAUGCCAACAGCUGAUUGGUGCAAACAAGAAGAGCGCCAAAGCCAUUAGUAUGCCGAUAUAAAACCCUCUGGCAUUCACUGUCACAAAGAAAGUUAUAUAUUUUUUACACAGUAUCUACAGCAGAGUAUACUGAUGUAGUGUAUACUCAACUAUUUUUGUAUCUGUAUUAUUAUGUAACAUUUAUUCAGUCCAGUUUUCUAAGUUCAGAUUUUAA